AUGACAACCUUCAAAGACAUUCAGCCACUGCUAAAACAGUGCCGGGUACAACGAGUCCGACGCUUCACCCAAUCUCCCUACAACCUCUUCGAACACAGCACAGUGAAGAUGGCGACCACCAAAGACUGGAGCGCAGAACAAUACCUCAAAUUCAAUGCUGAACGCACACGGCCAAGCCAGGACCUCCUCUCCCAGGUCUCCUCGACGCCUAACCGGAUCGUCGAUUUAGGCUGCGGACCAGGAAAUUCUACCGCGGUGCUGGCAGCCCGGUACCCCAACGCCCAUAUAACAGCAAUAGACUCCUCCCCGGACAUGAUAAAAAAGGCACAGUUUACAGUGCCUCAUAUCAAAUUCGCCGUGGAAGAUCUACGCACGUACAGACCGUCGCCGGAUGAACCUGUGGAUCUGUUUUUCUCCAAUGCCGCGCUCCACUGGCUCUCGUCCCAGGAGCGUAUUACGGUUAUCAAGGACCUAAUUGAGACGCAGCCUUCGGGAGGUGUCUUUGCGUUUCAGGUUCCCGAUAACUUUGAUGAACCAUCGCAUCUGGCAAUGAGGCAGACCGCGGAGGAUGGGCCAUGGGCGACCACGCUUAGUUCUCUGAACCCGGCGCGAGAGGUAUUUCAGUCGCCGCACGAACUGUAUAAUCAACUCAAACCCCUCUGUUCGGCGGUCAACGUCUGGCAUACUUCCUACUACCAUGUGCUUGAUAACCAUGACGACAUUGUUGAAUGGGUGAAGGGGACUGGGCUGAGACCGUUCAUUGACCCGCUUUCGGCUGAGGAGAGAGAUGGAUUCUUGAAAGCGUAUCUUGAGCGCCUGAAGAGGGCUUACCCCGUGCUGAAUGAUGGGAAGGUCAUUCUACGCUAUCCCCGUCUGUUUGUGGUUGCGACCAAGGCUUGA